AUUGGUCUCUCUUUCUUCUUAGCGCUGAUCUACCACCGGCGGCCAUGAGUGGCCUCACCGAGCUUGGUUUCGCCCUGAUCCUCAUCCUGUCGCUCUUUCUCCUUGGACUCACCGCCGAGCUCCUCUACCUCUUCUUCCGCCGGCGGAGGCACCCCGACUUCGCCGAUCCCGAGCGCGCCGGCGUCUCCUCCGCGGGGCCCACACACAGGGUGCUUCUCUUCCACGCGCUCUGCCUCAACUCCAAGCGCCGAUCCCGCGUCGAGCCUGCCUCUGCGGUCGUCCCUUCUCACGCGAAGACGACUAAGGCGGAGCCGAAGGAGGAGGAGGAGGAAGAAGAGAGCGACCUGGCUCGUUGGUCCGCCGUGUGCUUGGGCCCCUCGAGGGCUCUCUACACCAUCAAGGAAGAGGAGCCUGAGGAGGAGGAGGAGGAGGAGGGCGGAGACGACGAAGCGCAGGAGACGACGCCAUUCGAGACGCCGUGCGCGUCGCUGCGGUUCGAAUCGCCGUCGCCGUCGCCUCCGCCUGAAACGGCGGAGGCCGUAGAUCCCGCGCCCAGCGGGGCCCACCGAAAGUUAGAGUUCCCAUGAGUCGCAUAUCCUCGAAUACUAAUUGAAGCUCGUCAUCCAAAAUCUUUGAAGCUCUUCUCCAUUCUGCUUUGCAGUGGCACCAGAUCACUUUUUCUUUCCAAGUUUUUCAUGAGUUUGUCUGUUUCUUUUACAGUUCACCCUUUGCCUUUACUUCGUAUGUGCUCCUUCAUCUUCUUUCCUAGCUAGCACCUGAAAUGGCAUUUGUUGGUUCAUCAAUAAUCCAACCAGAAAAGCUUCAGAUCGUAACUGUUCUGCACCAACCAUGAACCCAAAGAUGUACUUGGUUGGCACCAACCAUGAAUGAAUAAUACCUACGACCAAACAUCAAUCAACCGCAUACAAUACUCGCAUCUGGUAAAUAUACUGACAAGAAUCUGUCCUGUCCUGCUGCUGAAAUUUGUCCUGUCUUGAGGAGACCUCAAAAGCUAGCUCAGGCCAUGUCUUUUGGGAGGAAAAGUGAAGCAGACAAACAUGUGGCUGCAUUGAUGUUCUGGUGCUAGCCAUUAAGGUAAUUAAGCUACGUACGUAGGUGGUGCCGAUCUAUGCGGCCAGACAUCGGACCACCCCACGGCCUUCAUCAAUGUCACCACCUCACUCACUUGUUCUGCA